GUAUAGGGGCUGUGGGUGAGUUUAACACGCGCACGCGGUCACUACUAUCCUCAGUGCGGAAUUCUGCAGUGCGCUUCUCUCCUUCACACGCAACAUGGAUGUGAAAGUGAUCUUAGUGGCAGUUCUGGUAACAGUGACUAUCUGUGGAACUGUUUCAGACGCCAAACCUAUCAGCCUGGUCGAGAGGUGUUGGUGCCGUUCUACAGUUAGCACAGUCUCACAGAGGAACAUCCGUGAGCUGAAGUUUGUCCACACACCCAACUGUCCUUUCCAAGUCAUUGCCAAACUGAAGAACAAUAAAGAGGUGUGCCUUAAUCCUGAGACAAAAUGGCUACAUCAGUACAUUGAGAAGGCCCUUGAAAAAAUGAAGAAGGCCAAAUUACAGGGCAAUUAAGGAAGCAGCUGGAUGGCAAGCCCGUUAGUGAGCCACCACCACAGAUAUGUACCAGUACCGUAUACUGCUCUGGCAUGCUUGCUGAACCAGCACUUAACCUGCAAACCUUGCUUCUCUCUCAAUGAUUUGCCACACCAUCAUCACCACUUCUGCUGCCACUAUAGGCACCUCCUGUGUUAGCACAAUGUGCAAUUAUAUAUAUGUAUGAGUGUGUUUUUAUACGUAUGAGAUGUAUAUACAAUGUUUUUUAUAUCGACUUUAAACAGUAAAGAGAUAUUUUUGGAGUUGCGUUUGCUCCUUGCCUGUCUGUUUCAGCGUUAGGUAGCAGUGAAUGUAAUACUGAUGAUUUUGGAGCAAACAUACCAAACUCUAUAAACCUAUAAUUCUUACACUAUAACAUACAAGAGGAAAAGUACAGUGGGAAUCACACACUGGUACAGAGCCCCUGUGGCUGAAUACCUGACAGGAGAACAAAUAGGAAGGGAGUUGACUUUCUCCACCCAUUAAAUAGUCAUAUUUAAUUAACCCAUAUCUUAAAAAACUGUAACACUGCAUACUGCAUGUGAAUGUUAUAUUAUAUGUAUAUAUAUAUAUAUAUAUAUAUAUAUAUACAAAAAAGAGAAAAAUUGCUUGUGUUUUUGUUCUCUGACUAACAGGGUGUUAUUUUAAACAAGAGUAAACCAAAAAACCUUGACCUUAGAUCAACUGAAGCAAUUUGAAUUCCUUCAGGGAACACACUCCCCUAGAAGACGUUUGUGAGAAAAAAAAAUGGAAAGGAAUGCUCUUUUUUCCUAAUUUUAAUCAUUGUGUAAGCAAAGAAACAUCUGGAGUCACAAAGUAACUUUGACCAGCCAAUUUGUGGAAGGCAUAAAACUUAAAACAGAUUCACCUUCAAGCAGAAUCAGAGAAUCGACCAGAAUAAUUUAAUUAAAGCCACAAAAAAUUGCACACAGUAUAAAAAUAAUCAGUGAUCAGCCAACACAGAACCACGCAUAAGACAAUUCUGUGCAGCUUUAGCUUGCAACUUCAGCUUUUAUCUUAAACAUGCAAGUUAAUAUCAUGCAAAUUUUUUCAGCACUGCAAAGCAAAAAAGGAACUUUUUAUCUUAUGACAACAAAUAAUUUUGACUCAGCUUCCAAAUGCUUGUCUUUCCCAAAAUUCUGAGUUAAUAUCAUGCAUAUGAGCAUAUAUUUCAUAAUUUUGAGAUAAUACACAAGUCUCAAUUGCAAUGUUUAAUCUCUCGCCACUCUUAAGAAUGUCUUAAGCUGAACAUUGUAGUGUGCCUGCGCUGUUGGUGUGGCUUGGUUAGGGGGGGAGGGAGAUGGUCUAAUAAAUCGAAACAUGAAGUCAGUUCACAACUGUGAGAUAUUAACUUUCAAUUGCACAAUAACAAGCCUCAAAUGUGUUAUCUCUCAACUGCGAGAUAGGUUGCAGUAGUGUAAUAUUAACUCGCAAUUAUGUGAUAAAGCAAUAUAUUUUCUCAUAUGCCAUGGAAACAAGCUUCUAUAGAAAUGAUAUUAACUUGCUAACUAGAUUAGAAUAUAGAUAGAGUAAUGAAAAAUUGGCAAAGGUUUCAAAUGACUGGAAAAUCUAUCAUUAUUGGUAUAAAAAUGCACUUUAUUUACUAAUCUAAAAUGAGAAAUCCAAUCCGCAGCAAAUAAUUCACUUUUCUGUGGUUAAGAAAAAACCAUCAAUUUUACACAGCAAUUCUAAACAGAAUAAUAUUUCAGUGUAACAGCAGUAUGUAUACAGCUUUUCUGGGUAUUUGAAAAGUUCACUGUAAAACUAGCCCAUAUUUCUGUCUGCCAGACACGUCUCGAGGAAAUUAGUGUAUGAAAUUUGUCUGUAACACCACUGCCAACUUGAUACUGUCAAGCGAUUUAAAGCAGUCGUUAAAGCAGCCAGGCCACUUUUUACACUGGCAGCCUGCAGGCACACAGGCCAGGAAACAUAAUGCCCAAUCAGCAUUAGAGAGGAAGGCUGUAGGCAAUGUUGUGGGGGUUAGGCCACCAGUUUCUCCACACUCCAUUACUUACAGUGAUGUGAAAAAAAUGGCAAAAUCGAACAGGCCCUAAUGAUUAAUGAUGAUUAAUUACUAAUUUGUACCCGUUUCCCAUAGUAGCUAAGAACACAUGGUCUGAGAGCAAGAUAUAUUGAUACAAGAGAACCAGUGAGCUUGAUAACUUGCUGAUUAGUUCAAUUAGUGGGCAUUAACAAUACAUUUCUGUAGUGUCAGUAAACUGCAUGAACCAUGCAACAACGAAUUCAGGACGAAUUUCACUUGAAUGAAGCAACACUGAGUAGUUAUUUACACGAAGCAUAGAGGAAGAAGUCAAAUCCUGCCCCAUUAUAACGCUUACCCAACUAAAAAUAAGAAAAAUAGGAUAAUAAAAUACUAAUGAAAAUAAUAAAAAUACUAAUGAAAAUGUUGUGAGCACAUCUGAAUAUGUCUUUACCAUCCUAACUUUAAUGAAUAUUUUUUGUUAAUAAAAGAAUUCACUACUUCCUUCCCAUGGCACUUCCUGUAAAGUGUAAACAGAUUUUGAGUGUGUUUAUCCAUCCCUUUAAAAAAUAAGGUGCUACCAUAGUCAACAUGUGAAUGAGCCCAUUGAUAAUUUGUACAUGUUCCCCUUAUAACUCCCAAAUAAUGUGAAGGACAUUACUAUAUAGAUGGCAGCUUUUUCUAUUACAUAUUUUAUAUCUAUACCCAUGUUUAAUUUCAUUUAUAAACUGGUUCUUUUCUAAAUAAAUCAUCUUGGAUAUAUGAA